AGGUAGGUUAGCUAUGUCCUCUCGAACUGGAUCAUCAUUUUCUUCUCGGCGGAAUAGCCUGUGCGUUGACGUCCACGGUCCCAGUAUGCUCCUCCCAAAACUUCCACCAUCCCUCUCCUCCCUCUUCCUUCCAUUCUUCCAGUCUCCGUCACGGUCAUGGACUUCACCACCCUCUCCGUCCCACGGCCAUCCUUGUGCCUAAUCCUUCUCCUUAUACUAUCCUCAGCUUUCUCCGCCGUUAAGUUUUCUUCCGUGGCCCAAUGCCUCCCGGACCAGAGCUCCGCCCUUCUCCGGCUGAAGGAAGGCUUCUCUACCAACACGUCCACCACCAACCUCGAAUCUUGGAAGUCCGGCACCGACUGCUGCGACCACUGGGAGGGCGUUACCUGCGACCCGGCUUCUUCAGGUCGGGUCACCGCUCUCGACCUCAGCAGCCGCAACAUAUCCGGUAGGAUCGAUCCGAUCCUCUUUAACCUCACCUCCCUGACUUCUCUCAACCUCGCGUACAACCCGUUCAACCAAAGUCUCCAGUCGCCGGCGUUCAAUAAGCUGGCUAAUCUCACCCAUCUCAACCUCUCCAACGUCGGCCUCUAUGGCCAGAUACCGUCGGGCAUCUCUCGGCUUACGAAGCUGGUCUCUCUCGACCUCUCUACUUUCUUUUUCGACGAGGGACCUUCCACAUCACUCAAGCUUCGUGAUCCUGAUCUCAGGACCUUAAUUACAAACCUCAGCAAUUUGAGGGAACUCUACCUCGAUGGCAUCAACAUCUCUUCUGAUGGUUCCGAGUGGUGCACAGCAGUGUCCGACUCGACCCCUGGCCUCCAAGCGCUGAGCUUGGCAUACUGUUCGCUCUCUGGUCCAAUUCAUUCAUCGCUCUCCAGGCUUCGGUCGUUGUCGAAACUUCGCCUUGAUCAGAAUAGAUUAAAUUCCAGUGUGCCGGAGUUCUUUGGCAAUUUCUCUUCUUUAGGCGUGCUAAGUCUCAGUGCUUGUGGGCUCACAGGAUUGUUUCCGGCAAGGAUCCUUCAGCUCAGGAAUUUGGCGUUGCUUGAUGUGUCGGGCAAUACUGAUCUUUCUGGGAAUUUGCCUGGGUUCCCCGAAGAUAGCACCUUGGAAAGUUUGGUCCUGUCCAACACGAACUUUUCCGGGACUUUACCUGGGUCUAUUGGCAAUCUCAAGUCUUUGACGGAAUUGCAGCUUUCGGGUUGUCGAUUUUCUGGGGCCAUACCCUAUUCUUUUAGCAACCUCACCCAGUUGGUCCAUCUGGACCUCUCAUUCAAUAAUCUCAGUGGCGAGCUUCCUUCGAUGGUUCGAUGGCGAAGCAUUUCAGAUGUAGUACUUAAGAAUAAUAGGCUGAGUGGAUCGAUAACUUCCUCUCUUGGCGACCGAGUGCUUCGCAAUCUCACAGUGAUUGAUCUAACAAAUAACUCACACUCUGGUGAGAUUCCUGUAUGGCUGUUUUCCCUACCAUCUUUACAGAAUUUGCUGCUUAGCCAGAACCAGUUCUCCGGACAUCUCCAAGAGUUUUCAGAUCCUUCUUCCACGUUGUCAAAUGUUGACUUGAGUAAUAACGAGCUGCAGGGACCAAUUCCUAAGUCGGUCUUUCGGCUCUCAGGGCUAAAAAUUCUCAAUCUUGCAUCAAACAACUUCAGCGGUACGGUGGUGCUAGACUUGCUCCGGAACUUGAGGAAUCUCUCGAUUCUGGAUCUCUCAAAUAAUAGGCUGUCAGUAAUAGAUGGAGAUGAUAAUUCUUCGUGGGCUUCUUUCCCUAAUAUCAGCACGUUGAGACUGGUAUCUUGCAAUCUGAACAGGCUUCCUGGUUUUUUGAGAUACCAGGUUGGAGUCGGCACCCUGGACCUCUCAAUGAACAGCAUUGGCGACAGUAUACCCCAGUGGAUAUGGAGUAUUGGGAACUACAGUUACAAUUAUUUGAAUCUUUCUUUUAACAUGUUUACCAGUGUGGAGGGACCUCCGCCCGAUGUUUCCGAUAUCAGUUCAAUGAUCCUUGAUCUUCAAGCCAACAUGCUUCGAGGACCUAUUCCUCUCCCUCCGCAGAACACCAUUGUUUUGGAUUACUCCAACAACAGCUUCGCGUCCUCUAUCCCAUCCAAUUUCAGUGCAUAUCUCAGUUUCACCGUCUUCCUUUCACUGUCUAGUAACAGACUCACAGGAGAAAUCCCUCCUUCCAUUUGCAAUGCGAGCUACCUCCAAGUCCUUGAUCUUUCAGACAACAGUUUUAACGGUUCGAUCCCAUCAUGCCUUGUGGAAGGCAGCAAUGGUUUGGGCAUACUGAAUUUGCGGGGCAACCGGUUUCAGGGAGCCUUGCCUCAGAAUUUUGACGAAAACUGUACUCUCCGGACAAUAAAUCUCAAUGGUAAUCAGCUGAGCGGGCAGCUGCCCACAUCCUUGGCCAGGUGCAGAAUGCUAGAGGUUCUAGACCUUGGAAACAACAGCAUGGUCGACUCCUUUCCAUACUGGCUGGGGGAAAUUUCUACACUGCGCGUCCUUGUUCUGAGGUCCAAUGAAUUCUAUGGCCAUGUUGGUCCUCCUGCAGAAAACAAUGGAAGCAAUGGCACAUUUGAGAUGCUGCAAAUAUUUGAUCUGUCUUCCAAUAACUUCAGCGGCAGAUUACCCCCUGAAUGCUUCAAGAAUCUAAAAGCCAUGAUGGGUGGUUCAGAUUUUAAUCGCUCCACUGUGGAUUACAGGUACCUGCAGUUCGGCCAAUCACCCUACUAUCAGAACAGUGUCACAGUAUCAGUCAAAGGGCUGGAGAUGACGCUAGUGAAGAUCCUGACCAUCUUCACAUCCAUUGAUGUCUCUCGUAAUCGCUUCGAAGGUGGCAUCCCGGGGGAGAUUGGGGAACUCAAUUCACUGGUGGUGCUAAACAUGUCGCACAAUGCUCUUACAGGUGAAAUCCCUCCUCACCUUGGGGACCUGCUGCAGCUCGAGUCUUUGGAUCUAUCUUCAAACGACCUCUCAGGCGGGAUUCCCCAGCAGCUGACUUCUCUUACUUUCCUCUCUUCUUUGAACCUCUCAUACAACAAUUUAUCGGGAACAAUACCAAAUAGUACUCAGUUCUCUACAUUCGCGAACGCUUCGUUUAUAGGGAAUGAAGGAUUAUGUGGGAGCCCAUUGUCAAAACAAUGUAGUAGUCCAAGCACAGAUCCUUCUUCAAGCUCCAAUCAUGGAGCUUCUGGAGCCCAAAUUUGGAGUUAUUUUGGUUCCAUCAUGAUAGGAUUGGGUUUUGGAGUUGGCUUUGCAGUGGUAAUGCUUUUCACGGCCUGGAGGGUUGGGAGAUGGUGGCAUGAGCAUCCAGUUGACAGGUAGCUUAGCCUUCCGUUUGACAUCUACACAGACUUACCCAUGAAUAGGUAUCAAUGACAGUUGAAUGAACGAAAAAGAGGCUGCCUUCCCAAGCUUUCGAUCUUUCAGUGAUUUGGUCCUUCUCAUGCUUACUGUUGUGUCAGGCUAGGAAGAUCAGCAGCAGCAUCCAUUACAAGCUGAGAAUUAGCACGAAAUGGUACUGAAGAGGAAUGUGGAAAGCCAAACUAAUUUUGCUUAUGUGAGGAUCCGUGCGGGCAUGUGUUUAGUCCCACAUCGGUUAUUCGCUGGGUAGAUUAUGGAUACUU